UCCAUCACAGCGGGAAUGUUUCAAGGCAGGACCGGCCGCCUCGGGGGCGGGACGGCCCGAACUGCCCGCCCCGUGCCCGCCCCGCUGCCUGCCGGGACCGCCGCUUCCCGGCCGGGGGAGCCGGGCUGGUGUUACCCCGUGGGGACUGUCCCUUCAGACAGCUCUGGGAGCCACAAAAAGGGGUGGAUGGAGUUGAGCCAGAGUUACAACAGCUCUACUUUGGACUACUCAGAAGAUACCUUUGAGUCCUUCAGUGAGGAGGAGGAGAUCAAACCAUCUGGCUCCUGCUGUCUCACAGAGGAUUUGGAGGGCUCAGAUGUGUUGGAAAGCACAUCAUGGUUGGCAGGCCAAAGUCAUGCAGAGGAGCAAUCUGAAGGAGUGGAUUCUGCAGCUCUGGAAAGAGUUGCCAUAGGAAAAUGGAUUGAUGCCAUGGGAAGAUGGAGAGAUCUAAAAAAUAAAGAAGCGGAGGUUAAACAGGACAACUCUGUCAGGAAAACUCAUGGUGAAAUUCUUGAAUUAUUUGAUGGAGAACUGGAUGCUCUCAGGUCUUUUUGCACCAGGAAGAUAAAUGGGAUGAACCAGCAGCUGAGCCCUGAGCAGGGAAACACGGGCAAGGCAAGGAAGCUGCAGGACGGAGUCCCAGCAGUGAAAACUGGGACAAGAGAUGGGAACUGCAUUGUUCCUGGUCAGCUGAUGAACAGAAUCCUCCUGGAAAACACCAGAGAGACUGUUAAGCAGGUGACAGAAGCUCAAAUCCACAAAGCUUCAUCAUGCCCUGACUGCCAGAAGAAGGAGGCAGAGCUGGCCAGGAUUGCCUUUGUCAGGCAAAAAAAGGCUCUGAUGGGAGGUGCUUUAAUCCAAGAGAAACUGGAAGAAGAGAUUUACUCCAGAAACAUGUUCACACUUCUAGGAGAAGCCCUCAGAAGCUUUCGAGAGGAUCCCGGGGCCUUGUGGCAAAGGCUGAAAGGUCAGAAAAUGUAAGGCCUGAAAGUGUUAAAAUGACUCAAGGACAUAACGAAGUGGGAGAGUUGCACAUGGAAUACCAACUAAUAUGGAUAUAACCUGCUCUGGCAGUGAUGAAUUGGGUGGUGGUUUAAUAUUCCUGCAGGUGGAACCAGAUAUGUCCAGCAUGUUGUGUCUGGGUUCUGAGUCAACUCUUUAUUCUUCCUAAAUGCAAAUGUUAUAAUACAUUUUAAUCCAUCUCUAUAUGUUUUUCAAAUUACAGAAGCCAAGAGUUUCUAUUAUUAAUCUGGCAAGUAAUAAGUAUUGUUUUUUGUAGGAUUGCUGUGGGAUUUCAGAGCAGCUCACAGCUGCUUCCAUCUGUAAGAAAAAUAAAUGAUUCCGUUUUUCAGGGCGGGGAGGUGUAAUUACUGCAUUUCAGCUCAAUCUUUGCCCACUGUCUCAUGUUAAAUUGAAAGUGAGGGCCCCAGGUGGAGGAGAAAAAAAGCAGGUUGCAAAGUAACUAUAGAAAGCAGUAAAAUGAAAUGGGUAUUUAUAGAAGUAAAAUAAUGAGACUAUAACAGAAUUAAAUCAGCAAGACUGCGGAUGGCAACGAGAUGAGAAAUUAUAAUAAAUUAAUCAUGGAAUCUGUAUAGGAGAGGUGUCCAGGAGAGAAAAAACAACAUGGAUGAAAAUUGGAAUAAGACGUUGAAUUAUAUUUUUGCCUGUUUUUUUUUUUUUGAAUAUACUUCAGAAUUUGUUGUAAUUUUUCAAGAUGACAAAGUCACUGUCUUUGAAAGAAUAUAUCUGGGGUUCAGGAUACAUGCAAAUAAAAUGGCUUUGUGAUGGGAAUCUCAGUGGGUUGGACAAUGAAAUCAUCUUCCUAGUGGCCUCAAAAGCCUUCAGCUGAUGUGUGGGCACAACUGCAGCCCACCUUUGUGAUCAGUGCUGGCAGCAAGAGCUCGUCCCAUUGCUCCUGCUGGGACCUGGUGGCCUUGUGUGACUCACAAAGUUACUGCCUCUCAUCAGUCUCCAGCUUCCUGACUUUCUGUGCAUUCAGGCCUCUGGAAAUCUUGAAGGGAUAUCCUUGCCUAUGAACUCUCCCUGAAUUUUUGUUACAAAGCAAAGAGGAUUAAACCUUCCCGUUGCAUUUGAUUUUUUUCCCAUUCUGGGACAAGGAAAA